UUCCGAGAAUCGUUAGAUUGCAAGUAGCCCUCAGAAUACAUUAGAAAUUAUAAUAAAAACAGUACAUAUUCUAACUCCUUAUUCCCCUCUUAUUAUCCUAACCUUAAUGAAAGUAAAGCCUAGCUAUUUGAGGUAGCUUAGCCCCAGAGAACAAGAAUAAAGGGAAAACUAAAACCUAGUACCAUGUCAAACAGUAUUUAUAUAUUAAUAAAAUAUUAGAAGCUAAGGCGGUGCUAUUGAGCGAGACAAAAAGAGAGAUGGGAAGAGGGAAGGUGGAGCUGAAGAGGAUCGAGAACAAGAUAAAUCGACAAGUAACAUUCGCAAAGAGAAGGAACGGGCUGCUGAAGAAGGCGUACGAGCUCUCCCUUCUCUGUGAUGCAGAGGUUGCUCUCAUCAUCUUCUCUAGCCGUGGCAAGCUCUAUGAGUUCUGCAGCGGGCCCAGCAUGGAGAAGACACUUGAGAAAUAUCAAAGAUACACUUAUGCAGCACUGGAAGCGGGUCAACCUGCUCAGAAUACACAGCAGAGCAGAUAUGAAGAAUAUGAGAACCUUAAAGUGAAAGUUGAGGUCCUACAACGUACGCAGAGACGCUUUCUUGGGGAAGAUUUGGAAAAUUUAGACACAGAGGAGCUUGGGCAGCUUGAGAAUGAACUAGAUUUGUCGUUGAAGCGAGUUAGGUCAAGACAGGGCCAACACAUACUUGAACAGCUUUCAGAUCUUCAGAGGAAGGAAAAGAUGCUGCUAGAAGCAAACGAUGAAUUGAGAAUUAAGUUGGAAGAAAGUAAUGAAGGCCUUCAACGUUCCUGGAAAGCAAAGCAGCCAAGUAUUCCAAAUGGCCACCCGUCUACUGCUCAAUCAGAUCAAGUUUUAUUUGAGCGUUUACAAUGCAACAACAUUACACUGCAGAUAGGCCACAGUCGUGAGGUAACAAGUGAGGUAAAUGUAGCAACCUCAACCCAAACUCGUAGCGGAUUUGUCCCAGAAUGGAUGCUGUGAAGUCUUGGAGCUAUCUAAUAUGGUGGUUCUACGGACCAAUCGAUCAAACACAAGUGAACUAUAGUGCUAGUGUUGUUCGAUUGUAUAUGAUUAUCGAACCAGCGUGAAUAGGUAUAAAAGUCAAAUAACCAACUUGAUACUAUUCCACUUCUUUUCACCAAAUUGUCAAUUUAUCCCAACAAAAGAAAGACAUUAGAAAAAUCACAGAAACACCGAUUGUUGAAAGACUUGCCAUUAUCUUUUUAUCUGUCAAUUUGUAGUGUUUCUUCAA